AUCGGAUGGUAUUGCAUAUUUACUUGUUGUAAUUGGUGAAGUUUUAGGUAGUGGCAAAAUAAAAAUAGAAGGUUUCACACAUACUGAUUUGAAAGCUUAUGCACGAAGAUUUUUUGAACUGGCGCUGAGUUACGAACUUGUGGAGGAGGCAAAAGAGCUAGAUAAAUGCAUCAGCAAAUUACGACAAACCAGUCAAGGGAGCUUUGAUAGUUGUAAGCUUAAAGAUUCUGUGCCAUUAAAAGAGAGUCCAAUGAUGGCACUAGUAUACCUACAAGACUCUAUAGAAAUGCCCUUUUUUUCAAGACUUGAGGAAAUACGUAAUAUUGCAAGAAUUAAUAUUGCACUCCUUAAUAUAUUAGAAUUAGAUAUGGACGCAUAUGAAGUGGCCAAAAAACUUGUUGAAGAAGUUCGAAAAUCUGUAAGGGAAAAUUACCAAUAUGUAAGCAAAGCUAAAUUACGCUUAGAAAUCUUGGAGGAUUUCUUGAGGAUUAUUAGUGAAGAUCUAUUUGAUCCAUCUUUUUUCAUCACAUUUCCCAUUGCAACAAAGUCUGUUCCGGAAAUAGAUAAUAAAUAUAUUAAUUACUUGAAUAACCAACAGUCUUUCAACCAAAGUAAUGAAUAUUAUGAAGCGGUUUACUUUGAAGAUUUGGCUGAAAAAGAAGUCAAAAUUAACAUGUUAAAUAGUUUACGUCAUUGGCAAUCUGCUCAAAAAAAUUAUAAUAUUGCGCGUGAACUAGACCCUGAUAAUCCGAUUUAUUCCCUUGGAUAUGCAAAAUGCUUAUUAAAAUUAUCUAAAUAUACUCAAGUUAUCAAGCUUUCUGAUACAUGUUCAGGCUUAAAUUCAUUAUCAGAAUACUGGCAUUUUCGUAGCGUAGCUUAUUUUGAGCAAAACAAGUAUAUAGACGCUAUGUCAUGCAAUUCUGAGGCACUAAAUUUGGAUCCUGGAAAUAAUUCGGCUGGUAAACAUAGAGAACUUAUCAAAAAAUUAAAUGCAAAUAAUAUAAUUGAACAACACAUUGAUCGCUAUAAAAGAGUGUUAAUAUAUGACACAGAUUAUUUGAAUAAUGAGCGUCCUAUCUACCAUAUUUUAUCAAUUGAUGGAGGAGGAAUACGCGGGGUAUUGCCUGCAUUAUGGCUUAGCGAGAUAGAAUAUCGCACUCAUCCUUCAGAUCCUGAUCAAUAUAAUUUACUUUUUUGGGCACAAAAUUUUCCUCGAUUGAUGACAUCUACACAAGAAAGUAAUACGGAUCGUGAAAUGUACAAUUAUUUAAAAAAUCGCUAUCAACGAUGGCAAGUCUUUUUUGAGGAGCCUAUAAAAUUAGAUGACCAUGAAAGUAUUCCUUAUCUUUUAGAAUUAGGCUAUCAAUAUAUAGAAGAGCUUGAUUGUUCUGAUGAAAAUCCUAUAAAUAAGUUGGUAGAGUCUUUUAAUCACUAA